AUGCUCCCAGAUCAGACGGGUACAGUCGGUGCUCUGUCCGGUAUCGUCCGGUCUUAUGUCGUAAUUGGCCCUCCAAUUAGUAGUUGGUACAUGUUCGGUCCGCUGCAGCGCUAUCUGAUAUCGCUUCCAGAUUUAUGGAGCAGUGACCAGGAUAUAUCGCCUCUCUUAUGGCUGUAUCUUAGCUCUCAUCUCCGAUCCGGGAGGUGUAGGACGAGCUGUGUAGGAUGGUAGGGCACUACUUGCUCAUCAAGGGCUCCAAGUCCCUUACAGAAUCCUGGGACUCAAUUAUUAAAGAAUAUUGAAAAACUUUGUAAAGAA